AUGCCUGAGCUGGUCAACCUUGUGCGGCCACUUCGGAACCUUGCCUUGACCAAUAUAUCCAGGCCACGGACAACCUUGGCAGUAUCGAUCGACUGGGAAAUCGAGAGUUCGCCCACCAUCGUCAUCGGAACCGAUUCCGACAGUCUACCGUCAUUCUUGUCCGGAACCCUGUCCCUUAAUGUAAACGAACCCCCGGUCGAGAUUGGCGGCUUCACUGCUGUGCUCAAUGUCCACACAGUCCAGAAGAAGCCGGUCAAGAAUCGCUGCGCGAAAUGCAAGGCCCAGUACUUCGAGAUACACCACUGGUCCUUUCUGAACCAACAUACUGUCCUACAGAGCGGCAGUCAAACAUUCCCAUUCUCCACCCUGAUACCAGAUCACCUACCAGCCUCGAUGGAUUCACCUCUGCUUUCCAUUUCAUACGAGUUCCACGCCGAAGUUCACUUCAAGUCUCAAAACACACAGACGAAUACGCCUCGAACUGUGGACUUUAAGCGAAUCUUGACCGUCAGACGCCGGAUUUCCGUUCCAAACCUUCCUCUACAAACGACUCGCAAUUUCCCCGCCGAGGGUAUAAGAGUUGAAAGCUCCAUCAACCCCAUUAUUCGUCCCGCCGAGGUCAACAACGUCUCCCUCUCGCUAACUGGCCUCCUCGUCUCCCCGGGAAAUGGCCAGAACGACCAUCUCUGGCGGUUAUGGAAGGGGGCUUGGAGGCUGGAGGAGAAUAUCGAAGCCAUUGCGAUCCCCUGCGAGCGACACCGAUGCUUAGUGAUCGAACACGGAAGCGAAGGUUUUGUUCGCAGGAAAACCCGAACGCUCGGCAAAGGGGGCAUAUACAAUGCCUGGGAGGAAAACGCGGCCGAGGGAACUGCUGAAGUGGAGUUUGGUGUUAACAUCCGCCAAAGCUCCAAUGGCCCCGGAUCUGCCUACAGCUACGACACAAAGAGCCUUGACGGUACCAAGGUGACCCAUGCGCUAGUUAUCGAGCUUGUAUUUGUCAAGGAGCAUUUCCCACAGGGACAGUUUGAUAUGGCAAUCCGAACGGGCGUCGGAAGAAUUCUCACAUUAACCUAUCUGGUGGUCUUGGCCGAUGAUCAGAGUAUAGCUCCUGGAAUGGAUCAUGUCCUGUAG